AUGGAGACCUGCUUCCUGGGGAGCUGUGCUCAGGCUAGGGCGGCCCCCUCUCAGAAGCAGAAGCAGCUGAACGGGAACCUUGAGGUGGAAGACCCCAUCACUGGUCACCAGAGCAGUUCUGGGUGCAGCUGCUAUAGCUGUCUGCUCAAUGCCACCUGGGAGAAGCAGCGGCCGGGGGUGGGGGAGCAGAAGCCAGGGCUGUCUGUGCAGCAGCCUGGACAGGUGCAGUCUCCAGUAGAGGUGGCUGACCUGGCCACUGCAACCUGUGCUUUCCCAGUCAGCACCCUGGGUGAGAGACCCUUCGCCUGUAGCUGGCAGGACUGCAACAAGAAGUUCGCGCGCUCCGACGAGCUGGCCCGGCACUACCGCACGCACACAGGCGAGAAGAAGUUCAGCUGUCCCAUCUGCGAGAAGCGCUUCAUGCGCAGCGACCACCUGACGAAGCACGCACGCCGCCAUGCCAACUUCCACCCGGGCAUGCUGCAGCGGCGCAGCGGGGGCUCACGGACCGGCUCCCUCAGCGACUACAGCCGCUCUGAUGCCAGCAGCCCCACCAUCAGCCCGGCCAGCUCGCCCUGA